UAUUGAAUGGCACGUCAGGUGCGAGCAGCUCGCGCACUGUUUGUCUUCUGGAGAUGAGACGGGACCUGCUGCUGCUCAGCUUCUCCUCUCUGUCUGGCUGGAAUUAAAGAGAGUUUUCGCGCAGCUGCAGCAAUGCCUUGUGUUGAGACCCAGUAUGGAGCUCUGCCUUAUGAAAACAACUACUUCAGCCCCGAUUUCCUAAAUUCAGGACUCUCCACCAAGCUGGGCAUGGACCUCAGUGGCCAGAUGGAGCAGCUGUCCCCACCAUCGCUGCCUGGCAUCAACACUCUAGUGGAGAACCAAGCUGGUGAGCUUGACACCUUCUCCUGCCAGUUCACUGCCUCUGUCUCAGCCAGCAACAUCAGCCACCCUUUAGUUGAAAGCUCAAGCCCACGUGAUCAGCAGUCGCCCUUCAAACUGGAUGACGUUCAGGUCUACGGGUGCUACCCAGGCACCUUUUCCUUUGGCUAUCUGGACGAAACAGUGUCCUCCUGUGGAUCUGACUACUACGGCAGCCCCCUUUCAGCCACUGCCUCGCCCUCCACCCCAGGGUUCCAGACCCAGUCUGCUUCGGUCUGGGACACCCCGUUCAGCCCCUAUUCUUCUGCUCCUGGCUGUUGGGUGUCAGAUGUCAACUCUGUUCCCCAGCAGCCCUCCUUCUUCACAUUCAACACAGCAUUGGAGCAGCAGCAGCAGUCACCCAUUGGGGAUCACCAGCUGCAAAUCGGGGAAGAGGAUGCUUUUGGACAGCUGUCCCAACUUCACCACGCAUCUCCACUGCAUUUCCAGGCCCUGGAGCUUGACCACAGGGGCUUGGAUAGUCCAAUGCUGAAGGAGGAAAGGCGUGAAUCUCAUCCAUCCCCGAAAACCCGGAGCCCCAACGAAGGCCACUGCGCAGUUUGUGGGGACAGUGCCUCCUGUCAACACUACGGGGUACGCACCUGCGAAGGCUGCAAAGGAUUUUUUAAGCGCACCGUUCAGAAGAACGCCAAAUACGUCUGCCUUGCCAAUAAGGACUGCCCAGUUGACAAACGGCGGCGCAACCGGUGCCAGUUUUGUCGUUUUCAGAAGUGCCUUGCAGUGGGAAUGGUCAAAGAAGUUGUGCGUACAGACAGCCUUAAAGGGAGACGAGGACGUCUGCCUUCAAAGCCUAAGAAUGUUCCAGACAGUACUCAGCCUGUGAACAUUAUUGCCUCUCUUGUAAGGGCUCAUCUUGACUCCAGUCCUGUAUUGGGAACACUGGACUACUCCAAGUAUCAGGAAGAUGUGUCCAGCCUGUCUGAAAAGGAAGAUGCCAAUGACAUCCGACUGUUCUAUGACCUUCUCACCGGGACCAUGGAAGUUAUACAGAAAUGGGCCGAGACCAUCCCUGGAUUCAGCGCCUUCUGUCGAGAGGACCAGGAGCUGCUGCUGGAGUCUGCCUUCGUGGAGCUCUUCAUACUGAGAGUAGCUUACAGGACAAAUCCUGAGGAGGAUAAGCUGAUCUUCUGUAAUGGUGUAGUGCUGCACCGUUUGCAGUGUGCGCGAGGAUUUGGCGACUGGCUCGAUUCUAUCAUGGACUUCUCCAACAGCCUCCAUCGCAUGAGCUUGGAUGUAACAUCUUUCUGUUGCCUGGCAGCUCUUGUCAUCAUCACAGACCGCCACGGUCUGAAGGAACCAAAACGUGUGGAGGAGCUUCAAAAUCGCCUGGUUGCGUGUCUGAGAGAUCACAUCAACAGCAGCAGCAGCAGCAGCAGCAGCACAGACCACAGCAGACCUCAGCUCAACAUGUCCCGCUUACUUGGCAAACUGCCCGAACUGAGGACUUUGUGCACUCAGGGCCUGCAGCGUAUUUUUUAUCUGAAGUUGGAAGACCUGGUGCCUCCACCCCCUAUUGUAGAGAAAAUCUUCAUGGAUACUCUACCAUUCUGAGAAGCAAAGACGGAGAUCACUUACCGGAAAUAUGUUUCCUGAAAUUGGAGUAAUGAGCACAUUUAAAAUGAAAAAAAUAGACUAUAAACAAGAAUAAUGGGCAAAUAUUGCCAAAUAAGUAAGGAAAUCUAGCAUUUCUGGUCCAUCACCUUCUGGAAUGUUAUCUGAGGGCCUUUUUUCCACCUUCCCCAGAAACUGCCAUUCGUACUUACCAGUUUGACAGAAAAUAUGUUCUUGUAUAUUUUUUUAUGUCAGAGCACAAAAUUAGAGGGCAUUUCAUGUCUGUACUUUUGUUUGGUUGUGUGUGCAUUUGUUUUGGGUUUGACUUAAUUGCUAUGCAAAUAUAUUAAUAUAUUCUGUGAAUGCUGUUCACUUAGGUACGCAGGACUUUCUACAAUAAUACUUUGUAAAUAUGAUGUUGAUUUAAAGGUCCUUCCUGAAAAGCAAAGAAACAAGACUAAGGCAACUAUAAAAUGUAUUUUAGAUCAUUUCAGGAACGAGCAUAGUCCAAAAAUAUGUCAUACAUAUGUGUGCCACUUUAAAGGGGAAUUUCACUGAUUUUGAAAAGUUGCUGUAUAAUUUAAUGUUUGAGAUGCAAAGUCAUUCAGAGUGGUUCGAUGUGAAACAGUUUAUUGUAGAGAAACUUUAAUGUAAAAACUACCUUCUCGGAACUAGUAGAGCCAUGGUGAUGACGUGAUAUAUUGAUUGUUUUAAAUAAGGCUUGGCCAUGAAUUAAUAUACUGAGAUUUGUGGCCAUAAUUAAAAAUAAUCACCAUGUCACAUUUGUAUCACAUGUCAGGCAUCAUGUAAUAACUUUCUGUGAGAGAGCUUUUGGAGGUGGACAUCCGGUUCCAAUCACCACCAUUUUUUUUUACAAUUUACACCAAACCACACUGAAUCACUUUGUUUACAUCAUGCUGGAAAUUUUAACAAUCUUUGAAAUUCCCCAAAACAUAUUUACACAGCUUUCAAAAUAGCAUUAGCACAGGAUAUACAUUGUUAACAUGCUCUAAUUAUGAUGAAUAGUCCAGACAUUUCAGUACAUAACCACAGAAGAACCCCAAAAGUUCUUUUAUUAUGAAUUUCUACAGUUUCUACAGGAUGGGGCUGACGUGAACAGGGGGAUACCUACCAAAUCAGAAGCAUUACUUGUGGUCUUUUGCAGAUAAAUGCAGGGCUACCAUUGCAUUACAUUUAUAUAUAUUCCUCAAUUCUUUCUUUCAAAGCAGCACAGGUAUGUUGAGUCUAACAAUAAUGAACUCAAUAAAUCCACUUACCCCAUCGGCAUUGGGGCUGGAUGGAAUAAUGUAUUUUAAAUUUUUUUAAACAAAACAUUUUAUCAUAAAACCAUAGAAAAAUGGCAAUUACUGAACAAUGCAUGUGAUGUUAGGCUAUAAAAAUCACGUUAUACCCAGGGAGUAUUGACUAAAGGCUGAAAACUGCCAUAAUUCGGGCCAUCCCUAAUUAACAUAGUUUGAGUUUAGUCUAAAUUAGGUAUGUCAAACUGGUACCUUUAAGGCCAAAGUGCUGUGGAGAUAAGCAUUUACCCUCAUCUAACACUCUGAAUUUAGUUUAUGAAAGUCUUGCUAAUUAGCUGUUGAGCUAAAUCAGGUGUGCUUAAUGAGACACUGUGCUGAAGUCUGCAGAGUUUUGGCCUGCAAGGACUGGAGCCUGACACAUGUGGUCUGAAUAGUGCCUUAUGUUGGGAAUAGAUCCCAUUUCUUUUUCUCUACAUACCUUAGUGUGAAACCUCCAUCAGUAUUUUGAAACUCUUCUCAUUGAUUGCUUAUCAUAAUUUCACUAUUACGAUUUCCACUUUAGGAACACCUGCAGGAAUCCUACAUGACUCAGAGUUGUGUAUUUGGAACUGAAUACAAAUGUAUUCAAUUACUUCAAUAGUAACACAUAUAAAUACUAUACAUUGUGUAAAAAGAUCACAAGAUCUAUAAGUAGUGAAAUAGUAUAUAAGUAGUAUUGAACUUUGUAAAAAUCCAAAUUUCAAAGCAAAGGCAAAGUUUUAUUAACUGUGAAUAAUUUAACACAUCCUCUGCUGAGAACACAUUAUUAUACACAAUUACUGUUUGUUUUUUUGGUGAAUUUAACAUAUUGGGGGAAAAAUAACAUAUAAAAUAGGGCCUGUGCAAAGGUUAUGGCAGUUUUUAUGUCAUAAGAUUGUUCUAUGUAGAGGAUGUGUUAUCGUAUUGCCACCUAUUAAUCAGAAUCCUAAUUUCUAAGUACUCUAAAAUUUAUAGGUAUUUAUAGGUAUUAGACCUUUCCAAAUAACGGUUUGUUUCUAAAGUAAAAGGAAAGAAACUGGCACUGUAUUGUACUGUACUGUACUUUUUUUGCAUCCACUGAUAUGUAAACUGGACAUGCAUUGAAAUGUCGACAAAUGAGCAGCUAUGAGUACUUCAGGCAGCAUUCUUAAAAAGAGAUAAUGUUUUGUUUGACUUUGUAUGUUUGUCAUACAAGUGUGUAUAUGUUUGUCACAUAAUUUAUAUUUGUGAGUUUUCUUAAUGUGUAUUCCUAAAACUGAAAAGCUAUUUGAUAAACCCAAUUCAUACGACA